AUGACGAAUAAAACUACGACCAUAAGAAAGAAGAAGUUGCGAGGAGGACGCGUUGUUGUCGCCGCGAACGGUGGUGACAACGAGAAGAAUAAAGCGCCCGAACCGACGAUUCGCGGGACGAAUACGACGCGAACGAAAGAAGAAGAAGACCGAGCGUUUAACGAGUUCCUAAUGGGCGAUAUAAAAAAGACGUUUAAGAAGGCGUUGAAGCGAGUGUCUUCGCUACCGUUAGCAAUUUCGGAGUUUGGCGCCAUCGCGGGGUUCUCGGCUUUAGGGACCGUCAUCGAACAGAAUAAAAGUUACGCGUGGUACGUGGAAAAUUAUCCAGUCGGCGAGGACGCGCCGCUUUUCGGUCUGUUGGAUUUUACAUUCAUUUUGAAUAGCGGGUUAGACCACGUGUAUACGACGUGGUAUUUCUUAUCGCUACUAUCGUUGUUGGCGGUUUCGUUGACGGCGUGUACGGCGACAAAACAGUUACCGGUGUGGCGAGUCGCCGCAAAGUGGAAGUUUAUCAAGAAACCGAAAUUUUUAGUCAACUCGAAAACCAUGGACGAACGAGAGAGCGUGAAAGAUGCGAGCGUGAUAGAUUUAGCGAACAGCUUAGCCGAACGAGGGUACCAAGUUUUCUUGAGAGAGGAAGAUAAAGAGCAAUAUUUAUACGCGUUUAAAGGUUUGAUUGGGCGAUUGGCGCCGAUUGGUGUUCACUUCGCGCUUCUGUUAACGUUAGGCGGGUGCGCGUAUAGCGCAUUAGGCGGCCUCGGUGGAUCUAUCAUGGCACCGGAAGAUACCAGUUUUACCAUUGCGGACGGGUUAACCAGAGGAUCACCGUUAUCGAAAGUCCCGAAAUUCGCGAAAACGAAUCAAGUUUUCGUGAAGGAUUUCACCAUCGAUUAUUUACCGAGCGGUCAAGUCAGUCAAUUUUAUUCCAACUUAUCCGUCAUUGACGAGAAAGGCAACGAGGUGGAUAACAAAGUGAUAUCAGUGAACGUGCCUUUACGUUACGGAGGCGUGACUAUGUACCAAACGGAUUGGUCUAUGAGUUCAAUGAGAGUCACGGUUAUACCAAAACUCGAGGUGGACGCGACGAAUAGUGAUACUAAUAGCGAGAGCAGCAGUAGCAGUAAAAGCAGAAGUAGUAGUAGUAGUAGUAGUAGUAGUAGUAUUGGUAAACGAGAAGAGCUCGUGUUACCGAUGGCUAAUUUGGAAAACAAAGGCAAUUUCAAAGGGAAAAUCUGGGGUACUUUCCUCCCUAUCGGCGACGACGCCGACGCGAGCGAAAACAAAAAAGGCAUCUCCCUCGUCGCGCGAGACUUCCAAUCCGUCGCCAUUUACGACUCCAAAGGCGCCUUCGUCGGCGUUCGACGACCAACCUCCAAAAAACCAAUCGAUGUGGACAACAUCUCCUUAGUCGUCGAAGAAAUAUCCGGCGCGACUGGCUUAGAAUUGAAAACCGACCCGGGCGUCCCUUUCGUCUACGCCGGUUUCGCCGGAUUACUCGUCACCUCCUUCCUCUCCUUACUGAGUCACUCUCAAGUUUGGGGAGUCCAAAAGAACGACGGGAAUAAAGUCUUAUACGUCAGUGGAACGAGUAACCGUGGCAAGGAGGAAUUUCGAGUCGAAUUUGACCAAGUUUUGGACGAGUUACCCGAGUACAUUUAA